CCAGGUGACAAUUUCAAAAUUAUGAAAGUCCUCAAUGGCGCUGCCUAUGCUAACAUAGGCUUUGGGGCACUAAGAGUCCUCUAUCUAACUCUAUGGCCUAAACGCAUUAUUCCGUCUCUAAUCUGUGCUUCCGUACUCAUAGCCAUCGGAAAGAUCAUACUACGGUCACCUUUAUAUAGGACCGACUGUAAAUCAUUCUGUCCUCCCUUACGAUGGCGUUUUUACAAUUGAUUGUCUUGAUCUUCAUGGCAUCUUUUUGUAUUGGUGAGACUAUGGUUAUCGGUGAGCCUACCAGGCCCAAGUUUGGCAUCACACAGCUGUCCUCAACAACUGACAUCUGCUCAGACUGCAGCCAGAUCAUUGAGCUAUUCACAGACAUGAUCUCCAACUCUGACACCCAGGAGCUGAUCCACAACACCCUGGAUGCCCUGUGUCUGCGCCUCCCCAUAGCUGAGGCUCAAAGCCACUGUAUGUCCCAGGUGCAUAUGUACCUGCCCCAAGCCCUCCAGUACCUCACUGGCAUACUGAAGCCAGGUGAGACGUGUAUGGUCCUGGGCCUGUGUGCUGUCCGCUCAGAGAGAAAAGCGCCUGAACCGCUUCCUCCCACUUUCAAUGACAUCGAUCUUUCGAAUGCUGUACUUGACUCCGGCACCAGCCCAGAGCUGAGUGUGCAGAUCAGCCCACAGUGUACCUUCUGUGUUUAUCUUAUGAAGAAACUGGAGAGCAUGUUGCCUACAGAGAAGACUGAGGAUGCCAUAGUGAAGCUAAUGGGUGAGGUGUGUGGCCUCCUGCCUGCAAGCUACAAAGACCAGUGUGAGGACUUCAUCAACAAGUAUGGAAAGGAGAUUGUUGACUUCCUGCUGUCGUCAGCCGCCCCUCACUCCAUCUGUGCCCUGCUGCACCUGUGUCUGUUCCAGGAGACCCCCAGCAUGGAGAUGCCCCUCCCCUCUGACUGUGAUUCCUGCCGUACGCUGGCGGUUCUGAGCCGGCUCCACCUGGGUCUCAACGCCACUGAACCUCAGACCUCCUCUUUCCUCCAGUCUGUCUGCCUGCAGCACCCCAAUGCCAUCCCCAAGUGUGAAAUGUUCACCAAACUCUACGGUCCCAGACUACAGAAGGUUCUGGGAAGCCAAAUGGAUGCUCCGGAUACAUGCGAGAGAGCUGAUAUGUGUGUUGCUGUGAAAGAGCAGCAUCUUCUGGGGAAGAACCAGUGUACCUGGGGACCCAGUUACAUCUGCAGGGACUUGAAAACUGCUCAGGGGUGUGGUAUGGUAGACUUCUGCCAGAAGUUGGUGUGGAACUAGAGCUGAGAACCACUCCCAGAGUUCUCCCUCCAUGGAUGAAGCUGAUGAUUUAACUGCCAAAUAUAUGUUUUAGUAUUGCACUUGUUACUGAUUGCACUAUUGCCUUUAAUGACUUUUCUUUGCCACAGUUUAAAUUAAAUAUUUUGUCAACUUCAUUUACAGGUCAUCUGAUAUUGCACUGAGCAAUUUGAGUAAACCAGAAAUGUAUUUAAUUUCUGGAUUUUCACUUCUGGUAGACUGUUGUAGCACUGAGAUGAUUUGAUGUCAGGUUUGAUUUGCACUGGGUGGGCUGUUAUGAGUACAGUAAGUAAUUUAGUCAAGCAAUGUAAAUAAUUGACUUUAAAUAAUAUAGCCUAGUGGUUAGAGAGUUGGACUAGUAACCGGAAGGUUGCAAGUUCAAAUCCCAGAGCUGACAAGGUACAAAUCUGUCGUUCUGCCCCUGAACAGGCAGUUAACCCACUGUUCCUAGGCCGUCAUUGAAAAUAAGAAUUUGUUCUUAACUGACUUGCCUAGUUAAAUAAAGGUAAAAUAAAAAGUUGUAGGUAAUAGUAUCUUCCUAUAAAAUCAGUCAUAAUCAGGAAGAACAUAGUAAAUGAAAGUGGCAAAGUGUCUUGAAGAAAUUAGUGAACAUGUACCUCCUGUUGAGAAAUCCUUUCAAUCAGUAAUGUGAACAUUUUAAUUAAAAUGUUAAUUCAUUUAAUGUACAAUUGUUAGAUUUCAUUUUUGUGAUCCAACUAAAUGUACAUGAGUAUUUAUCCUAUAAUGCUUACAAUAGGAACAUCCUUUUGCAACCCUCACUAUUUGGUAAUGUCAACAUUUUAUUUCUUGUUUUUACUUCCUUGUUUCACAAAUAAAAUAAGACCCAACCCAAA